CAAUGAUGUGUUUGGUUAUUUAGUUGAGCUAUAGUUUAUCAACGUAUUUUAUAAAUAUAAAUAAUCAUUCCAUUUGAAUAAUUACGAAUCAAUUAAAUUAAAUAUUAAAUUCUCAGUACCUUGAUUUAAACUAAAAUAUACAUCUAGAUUCAAACAUAUUACAACAUGUUGCAAAAAGGAUUACGACCAUUGGUGAUAUGCGGUCCUUCUGGUUCAGGCAAGAGUACGUUGAUAAAGAGAUUAUUUGAUGAAUUUCCUGACAGAUUUGGAUUUUCGGUAUCUCACACAACACGACAACCAAGACCAGGAGAAGAGCAUGGGAAACAUUAUUAUUUUACCACCAAAGAAAAAAUGCAAGAUCAAAUAGACAAAAAUCAAUUUAUUGAAACUGCUGAAUUUAAUAAUAAUUUAUAUGGAACAAGCAAAAAUUCAGUUGAAGAAGUAAUCAAUUCCGGAAAGAUUUGUGUGUUAGAUAUUGAGAUGCAAGGUGUCGAACAGAUAAAAAAAACUUCACUUAAUCCUUUACUUGUUUUUAUAAAACCUCCUUCACUUGACGAACUAGAGAAACGUUUGAAGAUGAGAAAAACAGAAACAGAUGAUUCUCUUAAACAACGUUUAGCAAUUGCCAUAGAGGAAAUAAAAUAUGGAGAAAAAGCGGGUAAUUUUCAUCGAAUUAUUGUCAAUGAUAAUAUUGAUAAAGCUUAUGCUGAGUUACGGGAUUUUAUUGUUGGAGAAUUGAGGCAGUUUUUUAAGAAAGAGGAACUUGAUGCUAUAAAAAAAUAAAAUUUAGCAUUACAAUAUACAGACAAAGCAAUACAAGAGUAUGUUCCAAUGUUCUUCUUUCAAAUGAUGAUGGUUUUUUGAUAUAAUUCAACAAAUAAUAUUAAUUUUUUUUACAUUGUGGUAUAUCUGAAAAACAAUCAACUACAAAAAUAUGAUAAACAUCAUCAUAAAAAGCAUAAUUCUGGCAUUUGAAACAUUUCCUUUUUUAUUUUGGUAUAAUUUUUUGUAUUAAAUCAUUGUUCUUGGUAGCCUGAAUACAACUAAUAGAUUAUAUUUUUUUAAGUUUAAUAUAUACAA